AUGUCGAAUAUAACUUACUUAAAUGAUGAAAAAACAAAAGGAAAGUAUGUUUACCCGAAUGGAAACAUAUAUGUAGGGGAAUUUAAAAAUAACAAAUUUCAUGGCCAUGGGACAUUAAUUUUUAAGGAGAAAGGAGAAUAUAAAGGAACAUGGGAAAAUGGGAAAAGUGUUAAUGGAAAUUAUUAUUUUAAUGAUGGUUUAAAAUAUGAAAAUACAUGGGAUUAUUUAACUGAUUUUCCAUAUUUUUAUAAUGAAGAAAUAAAUAAAAAUGAAGUUAUUUAUCAAAAAGAGAAAAGAAAUGAAUAUUUAGACAACAUUUAUGAUAUAGGUGAUGGGUAUUAUAAAAUCGAUGGGAAUUGUGUAUAUGCUUUUGGAGAUAAUAAGGAAAUAAGAAAAGUAAAUGCUCGUGAAAAAAACUGGAUAAAAGAUCAUUGUGCAAAAUAUUAA